AGUAGUCUCGACUCUCUUGGCUGGUCGCCGAUUAUCUAGCUUUCUGUUUUAUGUUUAUUAUGCUCUUUUGCUUCACCCCUUUCACCCACGCCUUGAAGACACUAAACAAAAGACCGGCAAGGUUUUUAUCUAGCAUCUCGAAGAUGGCUUCCGUUCAGCUCGCCGAUAUGCGGAAGCCCUAUGUCUCUGGGACGCUGUUGGAAAAAGACCUGCCCACAUUGAAUCCCGUUGAGCUCUUCGAGAAGUGGUUCUUGGAAGUCAAAGAAGGUGGGCUCAUGUACGAAAGCAAUGCUGUUGCCCUCUCCACAACAACCAAGACAGGGUUUCCAUCAUCGCGGAUGGUUCUCCUCAAGGGAUACGGUCCGGAUGGCUUUGUCUUCUUCACAAACUACAACAGUCGCAAGGGCAGGGAACUGGAGGAGAACCCAAAUGCGAGCCUCCUCUUCUACUGGGACAGGCACCAUCGACAGGUGAGGGUCGAAGGCACGGUGGAAAGGACGUCUGUGGACGUGUCGGACAAGUACUUCCACAGCCGGCCCCGGGACAGCCAGCUGUCGGCCGUCGUCAGCCGCCAGAGUCACGUGAUUGAGUCUAGAGCUCAACUUGAAGAGGAAUAUGCAGCCCUGCGAGAAAAGCACAGUGAUGUCUUCAGAGAGGUUCCCAGGCCUGUAGAGUGGGGUGGGUUCUGCUUGCACCCUUUGCGGAUGGAGUUUUGGCAGGGUCACUCGACUCGACUCCACGACCGCAUCGUCUUCCGCAAGGUGCCGCAGGAAGAGAAACCUGUGCCACCCACAGUAGCUGCAGCUCCUGGCUGGCACAUGGAACGCCUCGCACCCUGAUGCGGGAAGUGACGCGUUUCCUAUUUGCUGUCUAUAGUGCUUCCAUGCUGCAUCGCUGUCUUCGAGUCUUCCACAGUGCGGGUCAGGGAUUCCUUCACUGUUCUGAUCUGCCGUGUGAUACAUGUAGUGCUCAAGACUGCAGUCAUUGGGUUUAAUGGGGCAUUGCUGCAUUUUAAGGUUAAGAUUACAACAACAUCCUUGUCGUAGCUAAGAUGGCAUGAAAUGUGUUAAAAUAGUAAAUUGGGCUAGUUGGUAAAUGUUGUAGAUGAUGGGGAUGAACAGCUCAGUAAACGCAGACGAAAAAGAAAAACCCAAGCACGACAGGACAAAGCUCUCUUGUACAGCUGUGUCCUUUUAUAGUUUUGUCUUUUCUGCGUCCGCAUUUACUAAGCUGUUCAUCCGGAUCAUGUAGUUUGGGGUGUGAAAGAUGCAAGUUGUUAUGCUUUUGGGACUGUCUCGUUGUUUUGUUAUUUUAAGGUACCGCAGCUGGGAAUCGUGGAGUCGAGUUUUCUUUUGAAUGAUCAAUGCAUCAUGUGCCUUUUGCAGGCGGUGGCUGUGUAAAAUACUGUAAGGAUUUCAAGCGCUUUGCGACCUCGCAACGAUGACUGCAACAGUUUUCUUGCUUUGCAUUUUGGCUAAAGCUAUAUUAUCCUUUCGUCUUAAAAUUAGCCUAGUAGACGGUAUGCGGCGUUGCGGAAGGCACAACCAGAAACAAUUUUUCUUAGGCGCUUUUGUGUCUUGCAUAAUUUUGCUCUAUACCUGCGAAAAUGGGAGAUGAAGCAGAGGAUGGUGUCAGUGUGUGGGCUUUAUGCUGUUUUUUUGUUGUUGUUUUUUUCGCAAGAAAACAAGGUGAUCAUUGAAUCCCAUGUUUCAUUAUUAUUAUGGAGAGGUCCCGAGUUCGAUACCCGGACCAGGCGGAUUUUUUCGGUCGCGCUCCAGUCACCUAGCUGUGUUUGGAGAUUUGUGUUUGUCCUUUGUCCGUCUUGUUCUCCUUCUCCAGGGAUUAUUUUCGACAUGUUUCAAAUGUAUAAAAAGAAGCGGUGGUGCAAUUUGCAAACCAUUUUAAAUAUAGGCGAUUGUUAGCAUAUUCAAAUGGUGCCACCAUCCUAGCUGAAAUUUUAUCGACUGGGGAGAAGAGAAAAACGACUGUAUUUACUAGUAAUUUUAUGUCAAUCUGUACAUAAAGUACUUUUUUUAAAGCUUG